AUGGCUUGGGACGGAGGAAUGGAGCCCAAUGGCACAGAAGGCAAUAAUUUCUACAUCCCGAUGUCCAACAGGACUGGGAUUGUUAGAAGUCCUUAUGAAUACAACCAGUAUUAUAUGGCAGAUCCCAUCAUGUUCAAGCUUCUAGCUUUCUACAUGGUCUUCCUGAUCUUCACUGGAACUCCCAUUAACGCUCUGACAUUGCUAGUAACAAUCCAGAACAAGAAGCUCCAGACGCCUCUCAACCUUAUCCUGGUAAACCUGUCUGUGGCUGGGCUGAUCAUGUGCGCCUUUGGAUUCACCAUCACCUUCACAUCUGCUAUCAACGGCUACUUCAUUCUUGGCCCCACUUUCUGUGCUAUGGAGGGAUUCCUGGCCACACUUGGAGGUCAGGUGUCUCUCUGGUCUCUGGUAGUGCUGGCUGUUGAGAGAUACAUUGUUGUCUGCAAACCCAUGGGAAGCUUUAAAUUCAGUAAUACUCACGCUGGAAUUGGUGUUGGGAUCACCUGGGUCAUGGCUUUCGCAUGUGCUGGACCCCCACUGUUUGGCUGGUCUAGAUACAUUCCUGAGGGCCUGCAGUGCUCCUGCGGACCUGACUACUACACUCUGGCUCCAGGCUUCAACAAUGAAUCAUACGUCAUGUACUUAUUUUGUGUCCACUUCUUCACUCCCGUUUUCCUAAUUUUCUUCUCUUACGGAAGCCUUGUCCUGACAGUCAAAGCCGCUGCAGCCCAGCAGCAGGAGUCAGAGUCCACCCAGAAGGCUGAGAGGGAAGUGACACGCAUGUGCCUCCUGAUGGUCUUUGGAUUCCUGGUAGCUUGGGUGCCAUAUGCCUCUUUUGCUGGUUGGAUCUUCUUGAACAAGGGAGCUGCCUUCAGCGCCCUGACAGCAGCUAUUCCCGCCUUCUUUGCAAAGAGCUCAGCCCUGUACAACCCUGUUAUCUACGUGCUGUUGAACAAACAGUUCCGUAACUGCAUGCUGAGCGCCAUUGGAAUGGGCGGCAUGGUGGAGGAUGAGACCUCAGUCUCUGCCAGCAAGACAGAAGUGUCCUCUGUGUCUUAA